UAUGCUUGAGAAGGAUCACAGAACUUCCCUGCCAAGCUUUCUGCCAACUCAUUGAUCCUGAACCUCUCAUGAACAAGAAGCCCAGUACAUACAGUAGGAAGGCUAUUAUUCCCAGCCGGAGGCACAGUGUCUCCACUAGUAAGAUUCCUGACCCCAGCAAGAACAGACGCAGCAUUUGCAGUAGUGCGUCUGAUAUUAUCAGCAGCGCGCCCAGUCCCUCUUUCACCAAGCUUGUUGCCCUUAUCAAUGACCCUUCUGCUUCUAGGAAAAAAGACCCUCGUGGAAGUAAGCCCUUGAGCCCUGUGACUAUGCUCCCUAGACAGUCCCCUGGUCCAAAAUCAGCCCCCUCUUUCAAUGAGGCUGAGUCUCCUACCCCUGAUGCUGUCCCACCUAGUCCUGAUGUGGCCCCCCCAAAUUCACAGGGGGCUCCUAACCCAGAAUCUGUGCCCCCUAUCUCAGAAUCAGUGACUCCUGGUGCCUGGGCUGCCCCCCUUAGCACUCAGGCUGAGUUGCCAAGCCUCCUAAGCAGUGAAGCUGACCCCCACAGGAAUGAGGCUGGCCCUCCUAGUUGUGUGGCUGGCUCCCCACUGUCCCUGUUUAUUUCCAACCUGAACCAGGAUUUGCCCCGCUCUGCGCUGGCCUGCAUGCUGAGAGAGGUGCUGUCAGAGCUGGACGUGAGCCUCUCCAGGCAGGACAUCGAGGUGGUGAAGCGGCAGAAACGCUUCCUCGCCAUCAUCCACCUGCAGACGGAGCAGGAUUUUCAGACCAUACUGCAGAGCCUGGAGAGCGCGUCACACAGGGCCAAGCAGGGCGUCCUGAAGGACUUGGCAGCGUCCGGGAAGAGCCUGACUGUCCGGAGACAAAAGACAGACUCCGAGGUAGGAGUGGCUGUGCCAUCAAUACACCAAGCACUCUAACUGUGACACAUUAACAAAACCAGUGCGUGCACAUUCACAGAGUCCUCAUAAUCACAUUGGUAUACAACUGAGUUUAGAAAACUGUAGCCAAAUGCAAUCUGAAACAUCAGCAGGAGGUCAGGAUUGUAUGAUACAAGUUAAUGCAAAAACAAGGCAGUUCUUGCGUUUGCCAUGUAGAG